CCUAUUACAGUAUUAAUAUUUUGAGAUUUACGAAUGAGAGAUUUACAGAUGACUUUCUUACAUUUGCUGUUACAGGAAUAACACAAAACUAAUUUUGUAAAUCAGGCGACUUAUUGUUAACAUCUAUUUAUUCAACCUUAUGCAGAAAUUAUGCAUAGCAACCAUCAAGAAGCAACUUGUGGAUUGCAAGUGUGUCAACAUCCAUUGUGCUGGUCAACAAACAGACAAGCAGCUCGUGGGUUAUUACCGAUUGCAGUACAUGGUGAUAAUGUGACGGCAUCCAAGUCAAAAACAAGACUUUCAGAUAUUGAUAAAAGUCAAAGUGUUCUAGAUAAUUCAGAAGAAGAUGAUGAAACAGAAAGUUUGUUGGAGGGUCUCCCAACUGUAACUAUUUUGAACAUGUUGGAUGACUAUGGAUAUGAUAAACGAGAUGUUUAUGAAACUGCAAAGAUCACUUCAAGUCAUAGCUCACAAGGUCGAAAGUAUAAAACACGGAAAUCUUCCAAUCUUCCACCAGGAGGCAUACAUAUUGUUCCCAGAUUAACACUGAAGUCAUUAGCCAGCCAGUCGGUAGAAGAUGUCACAGCUCCUGCGAACACUCCACUGCAAAGCGCUCAUGGAUUUGGUGAUCAUUCUGAAUUUCAUACUCAUACUAAACGUGGGUCAUACAAGCAAGUUUAUACUGAAACACCUUCAUCACUGCACACUGGUGAAAACAUUUCUAAUAAAGGCUACAAAAAGAUUCAUCUCGAUAUAAAUAUUCCAAAUGUAGCAGGCCGACAGCCAAAACGAAUGCUUGUCUGGUGCCCUGCCCCAAAGUCCAAAAGACUUAACAGAUUAAAGCAAUCAUAUGUGGGUAAAAGGGAAGUACCCCCUGUAAAAGAAGUUUCUUUACCACUGCAAUCUGUACCUGAGUAUAAAACAUCCAAAAAACAACACAAAGCACUUCGAAGUACAAUUCCAAAGAAAAUAAAACCAGCCUACGCCACAACUCGAGAGAUGAGAGCAGUUCGAGAUGCAGCUAAUGUUAGAGAAACUACCUCUGCCACUCCUCAAGAAAUAUCUCAACUAAGAAAAGUCCCUGUUGAUGUAUUAAUAAGAGUUUUGCAUCAAGCUGAAGAAAAUGGGAUAAUAACAAAGCGCCAAACAAAUUUUCUUCUUGCUCAAGUUACUGGAAAACCAGACAAAUUACCGUCUAUUAGAGAUGCAAGUAGAUCCACUGUGGAUAAAGCAAACCAGACAGUAAAAAAUGAAACUGUGACCAAAAGUGCAUUUGAAGCCAAGAACCUAAAGAUACUGGGAGCAGAAGAAGCUCGAAUUCUCAGUCCUAGAACUGUAUCUGUGGAGCCUGUAUUCAAAAUGGAUGAAGGAACAGCCAUACAAAGUCCCAGACUCGGAGUACCCACAGGAACCCGCAUUACCAAUUAUACUGUGACAAAUAUCCCAAUUCCUGACCCUGGGAAUCAAUAUCUACGGGAUUCAAACAAACAAGAAUUAAAUAUGGAUGACAAUGAUUAUGAUGAAAAACUGAGAGAUUUGGCAGAAGAGAAUUUAAGGAGUAUUGGUGCUCUGGGACGAGAAGUUUCGAGUCCCAAAAAGACUCCGGUUAAAUAUGUUGCAACUGUGUUGGACGGAGAUUCAUUGCCCGAUUCACCGAUAAAACCAUUUCAUUAUCCAAGGACACCGAGGGAAAUGUUUCUAGGCCCUGUUUCAUUACCAUCACCUCCUACACCUACGGAAAGAGAUUCAUUAUAUGAUGCUCAAGUUGGUGGGUCAACAAUGCUCGUGAAUGCCUCAUCCACAGGACCUCCAACUAUCAAAUCUGUGGGUGAAAAUCGAUCUUCUUGUUCGAGCGAACUGAAAACAUAUUUAUCUCAUGAGAUGGAUGGAAGAGUUAUGAGAAUGGCAAAAACAAGUACAAGCUCUUUGAAUAGGAACCGGCAAUCACCGUUUGGGUCUAGCAAUGGACAAGAAGGAUGGCCACAGAUCAGUGAAGAAGAUUACCUCAGAACUGCAGGGUCUUCAGAGCUUGCAGUUUCACCUUUACCUUCAUUCACAGAAGAAGAAAUGAGAGCUGUAUCCAGAAAUGAAUCUGCAGAUUCUGCACAUGAUGAAUCAUCGCUUGCAGAUAAGUUUCAAAAUUUACAGCAUGGAGAAAUACGUUCACCUGCACCACCACCACCCUCACCGGAACCAAUGUCUAACAAUGACAGACGAACGGUAGACUCUGCACCUACCAGAACAGGGGGAGCAUCAACUGCUUUAGGACUUACAACCUUAACCAAUAAAUCUGGACAGUCAUCUGCGGAAACUGGAAUAGGAUCAACACCUACUCCGGUUGUAAGCAGCAUAACAAGUAAUGUGGAAACACCACAGGGAAGGUACAGCGAUCGAACGCCUGGUGGAACGCCAGCUAUUAAUGAAACUUCAGAAGUUGAAGACGGUGUUGAUUCCAAAUUUGAUGAAAAUCCAGACAAAUCGAAUGAAGAAAAUAUAGCAUUGGAGAGAAUUGAAACUAACGAAGAUACUUUUGAAACGACAGUCUCGCCAGAUGUUGCCAAAGAAGAACUUGAAACCGAAAUGGAAAAACUACACAUGAGCUAAACGAACCUAUCUAUUUGUGUUGACCUAAAUUUAUCGAUAAUUGUUGAUUAUUCAUAAAUGAAAUAUUAAUUUUUCUUCAUUCAU